AUGGAGGAUUUUAUGGAUGAUAGUAUGUUUGACAACAUCACAGACCAGAAUUCUGAUGCCGAAAGCUCCACUCAUGACAUUACACAAAAUGACGAAAAUUCUGAAGAACUGCCAAUGGAGGAGCCAGAACCUUGUCAUUUGGAGGAAAAAUUUUUAGUAUUCAAGUGGCAGCUACUACAACUCUUUCAGUUUUGUCCAAAAUGUCAUCUUCCAGCUCGUGGCAUUAUCGAUAAGAGAGUUGGAACUUGCAUUCACAUAGUGCAAAAGUCCUCUGCAUGUAACUUUGUCAAUAAUUGGGCCAGUCAACCUUAUAUUGGCAAAAUGCCAGCUGGAAAUCUUCUUCUUUCAGGUUCCAUUUUAUAUUCUGGCAGUCUUAGUAGCAAGUGCCUACUAAUGUUCAAGUUGUUGAAUAUGGCUUGUUUUGGAUGCAGUACGUUUUUUUAG